CCUUCUCCAUCUGCUGGAAACAGGCCAGUAUAUGCCAAAGUAGCAUCACUGAAACCGGUGGGCAAAUCCUAAAUAUAGAACGCAUAGAGAAAGGACCUGUCUUCUCUCUCAAGCAACUGGUUCACUUUUACCCAGCAUCCCUCAAACCGAACUACUCUUGGAGAGGUUCACAAAGACGGUGGAACUACAUAAUAGAAAUUUAACUUAGUAUAAUUCCUUUUAUUUUAUUUUCUUUUAUUCUUUAUUAUACCAUGACCCUUAAGAUUGUGCAAUGGAAUGUUAGGAGUUUGAAACACAAGAUUAAUGAGAUUGAUAGCAGAUUUACAGAUGCGGACAUUCUUAUUUUGUCGGAAACAUGGUUAUCCCCGGCUGACAAUGUUUUAAUCAAAGGCUACGAUUUGGUGAGAGAGGAUAGGAAGGACAAAAGAGGUGGUGGAGUAGCCAUUAAGUCUUUGCUCAAAUAUAUCAUCGUCAAACCAGAUAUUAAAUACAUCGAUGCUAUAGAAGCGUGUGCGAUCAAAUUAUUUGGAGGAGAUUUAAAUAUUCAUUGUCUCUCGUUAGGCAGCUCUUACAGCUGUCCUUCUGGAAGUCAAUUUGAGAGUUUCCCUAUUGGGAAUCUCGAUUUGGUAAUUUGCAAUGACGGAAGACAAACACAUGUUAACUUUAAUAAUGGCUCGGAAUCCGUUUUCGACUAUACUAUGAUACAACCGGAUCCAGAUCUUCAAACAGAAUGGUCUUCCAUGACCUAUGUGGCAGUAGGGAUGGGCGAUACAAUAGAAAAUAAUAUUUUGUAUCGAUACGUAUCGUAAAUAAAAAUAUCGAUACACCAAAAAUAUCGGAUAAAAUGUAGCGAUAUUAGUGAUAUCAAUACUGUCGAUAUCUCUAUU